UUAACACGAAAUUAUGUACGAUAUAUUUUUUGAUAUAGUCAAAUGAUGGAAGAUUUUGAUAUUUAUGCGGAUCUGCCAAGUUUCCAUGCAGACGAAUGUGAAAAUGAUAAUAAGGAAAAUACUAGUAAAAAAUUUGAGGAAAAAAAUCAGAUCUUGGAAAAGGAAGUAAGCCUUUUAAAAAUAAAAUUACAGGAGCUCGAAGGUAUCAAUGAUAAAUUGAAGAAGAACUUUUCCUCCCUAAUAAAAACAGCGAAGGCUGAAAUUUCUAGGAAAGAUCGUACCAUAUCUGAUUUAAGGGCUCAGUAAGUAUUUUAAUCGACGCUACGUUUACUGAUACUUAUAAUAAAUAAUAAAUAUUUUAGGCUGGAAAACUUCACUUUUCGAAGGAAUCCAUAUCAUCGAAAUAGUAUGCACCAUGUACAAAGUAAUCAUUACUUACAUAAUCCGCCUCCUCCUGUAAAGAUUGAACCUAAUAGUGAAAUAAAGCUGAAUCAAGGGGUUAAUAAGCAUACUUAUCAAGCACAGUCCAGGAUAAAUGAGUUUGCUAAGGAAGAAAAUAAUGUUAAUGAAAGAAGGAAAAAUAUUAGCAUCAACGACAAUGACGAUGCAAUAAAUAAUAAUCCAGAGUAUAGAAAUACAAUAUAUGGAGAAAGAUUACGUAAGAAACUUCAAAAAGAGAUGGAAAGCGAAAGGAGAAAGAAAGAAGAAGAAUUGAAGAUGAAAAAUGAAGAGCAACGUAAGAAAGAAGAAUUAAUUAAAAGAAAUGAAGAGUCUCGGAAGAAAUUGGAAGAUGAAUCGAAUAAAAACGUGGGGGAUGAAUCGCAAAAGUUACUAGAAGAUGAGUCAACGAUGAAAAAAGACGAAACCAAGAAGAUAAACGAAUGUUUUGAUAAAGUAAACAAUAAAGAAAAUUUGGCCGUUGUUAAUGAAGCGGCUGGAAAAGUUGAUGCUAACAUUAAUUCUGAUAAAACUUUAGAUGCAGUAACUAAUAAUAUAGAUUUUGUUAAAAAUGAAGUAAUUCUAACGAAAAAAAUUGACUAUUCAGAAUCCAAGGACGAUCAAUGUAUAAAUAGAAAGGGUGAUAUCCCAAAAUUUAAUAAGUACUUUGUCGCUAAUGGUAAUGUAACAGAUACAUUGAGUAAAAAUCAUUCAAACAAUCAUAGCAGCAAAAGGUAUCAUAAUGAUUCAUCGGUGCAGAAAGAUUAUAGAAAUCGAGACGACUAUAAUUAUCACGAUAGGCACAGGCACAAUGAUGUUUUGUAUAUAGAUUCGAACAAUCGACACAGUAGAAAGGAUAAAUAUUAUAAUCAAUUUGAAAAAAAUGAUCGGCAUAGGAAUUCACAUCGGUAUAAAUCUCGCGAUAGAGAAAGAAGUAGCAGUUCCAGUGCUAAAGACGAACUUCGUAAAAAGCAUACUAAAUCAUUAGAUGACAAACACGAUCAUACAUCUAAAAAAAUUAAGCUCGGUAAGAACGAUAAAGACAUCAAACAUAAUUUUAUAUCUAAGCAGGAUAGAGUACAUAAAAGAGAUCAAGAAGAGCAUUUGCAGAAUCUGGAAAUUAGUAAAAAACACAAAGACUAUAGAGAUAAAACUCCAAAACGCAAAAGACGAAGUGAAUCUGAAGAAAAAGUAUUACAUAUAAGUAAGCGGAAUAGAUUGAACGUUAAAGCUUGUAGUGCUGAUAAGAUUUCAACAGAAAAGGUGAAGAAGAAUAGUUCAGAGACAAAAGAUUCAAGUAUUCAAGAUGAUGAAAGUAAAAAAAUUAAGGGUGACAACGAAUUGUCCAAUAAGCACGUAGAACAUAUAAAAGAAUGUGCUAAAUUAAAUAAAAUUACAGAAGACAAGCGUGAUAAAAAGCUUUCGAUUAAAAAGUACGAUGACAAAGUAGUCGAUAAUGUCGAAUAUAUAAAAGAGAAGGUUCAAUUGAAUAGAAAUAUAGUAAGUGAAAUAAAAAUUGAUAAUUUGGAGCAGAAAGACAGUAGUACGGCGAAACAAGAUGUUAGUCCAAAUAACAAAAAUGAAAAAGUAAUGAGUGACAAUGAUUCACAUAUUAUGGAUGUAACGAAUGUAAAUAUGAAGCCCGAAAGCCAGAUGGAAGACUUAUUAAACGAAUUAGAAGAAGGUGAAAUCGUAGAUUCGGUUAAUGAUAAAUCGCUCUAUAAAUGCGUGGGCAAACAAAGUGGAGCCACAAGCCAGAUGGUAAUUAAUAUAAAAACUACUUCAAAAUUGAUGAAAAUACAAGAAAAUGAUCAAAUUAAAGAAACAUUAAAUAGUUGUAGGAUAGAAGCUAAUGACUCGUCAGAAACUGUUAAUGAGAAUGGCAGGUCAUUAGAGAUAAUGAGAAAUACAGAAGUUCAUUGUGCAAAGAGCAUAGGUGAACCAAAAAAGGAUGAAAAUACAAUUGGAGAGAAUAGACAACUCCUAACUUUACUUACUCAAAAUAUUCAACCAGAAAUAAUAGGCAAUUCUCAGCCUACUCGCAAAGAAAACAAAGACGUUGUAGAAAAUACUAUAGAAAAAGUGAAGCUGGACGAUGGAAUAAAUACAAAAUUAACGAAGGAUGAAAAUAACCUUGAAGAAAGUAAUGUAACCUCUGCAAACGAAACAAAGCCAAUCGACAAUGAAAGCGAUAAAACAAAUUGCGAUAUACCUAUGGUAAAUAAAAUAAUGGCUAAUUUAACAGACAAUUGUACCGAUGAUGGCGAGGAUUGUAAAUUGCAAAUAAUAAUUAACGAUGAAAUUACUACAGAUGAAGAUAUCGAGAUUCAUGUAAAUGAGAAAAAUAUUGAGAAUACAUUUGAUAGCGAGGAACACAAGGAUAACGAGACAAUAACAAUAACGAAUGAUGAAGUGAAAAAUUGUUGUAUUGAAAGACGCCAAAAUACUAAUGACGACAUAGCAUCGCAAAAGGAUGAUUACGAAGGUGCUAAUAUUAAUAAUCGUCGAAACAAUGGAUUAUCGAAGUCUUCCGAUAAUUUGGAAGUACAGUGUGUAAAUAACGAAGAAGAGAGUAGUUUUCAGAAGAAAACUUUAAGCCUUUCCAAAUUACAGGCUGUUAGAAACGUUAUAAUAGUGAGACGCCGUAGAAGGCCUGUACAGUUAUCGGACAGUCCUCCGGUAUUAAUAAUCACACAAAAUGGUGUAAAUAAAUAGACAUAGAUGAACAAAAAAUGCAUAUAUGU